GCCGCCGCCCCCACCCCCCCAAGCCCGGGCCGAGAGCCCCCCCAACUAGCCCGGCAGCGGGCUCCGAGCGCGAUCGGCAACAAUGUUUACGUUCCGGGGAUUAUGACGUCGACGCCUCCCCCCCCCACAACUGCUGAAAAUGGUUUCCUAGGACUUUGCAAACGGAUCUGCCUAAGUGUUGGUGCAAAACUUUGUAGAUCUCGGCUCUGGCUUGCUUUAUUUAUUUAUUUUUUGGUUUGUUUUCUUUGGUCUUCCCUCCUUCCCCCCUCGGCCAAAAUGCAGGGGGCAGGAGUGUUGACAAUUAAUUGGUGAACUCUCCUAAAAAAAUGGAGGCAGAGAAAGACUCUGGAAGAAGAUUGCGCCCGAUUGACCGCCAGCGAUACGACGAGAACGAGGACUUGUCGGACGUGGAGGAGAUCGUCAGCGUCCGCGGCUUCAGCCUGGAGGAGAAGCUUCGCAGCCAGCUGUACCAGGGGGACUUUGUGCACGCCAUGGAGGGCAAAGAUUUCAACUAUGAGUACGUACAGAGAGAAGCUCUCAGGGUUCCCCUGAUAUUUCGAGAAAAGGAUGGACUGGGAAUUAAGAUGCCUGACCCUGAUUUCACAGUCCGAGACGUCAAACUCCUAGUGGGGAGCCGGCGGCUUGUGGACGUGAUGGAUGUGAACACCCAGAAGGGCACGGAGAUGAGCAUGUCCCAGUUUGUGCGUUACUACGAGACGCCCGAGGCCCAGCGGGACAAGCUGUACAACGUCAUCAGCUUAGAGUUCAGCCACACCAAGUUGGAGCACUUGGUCAAGCGUCCGACUGUGGUAGACCUGGUGGACUGGGUGGACAACAUGUGGCCCCAGCAUCUGAAGGAGAAGCAGACAGAAGCCACGAACGCCAUUGCAGAGAUGAAGUACCCGAAAGUGAAGAAGUACUGUCUGAUGAGCGUGAAAGGUUGUUUCACCGACUUCCACAUCGACUUUGGAGGCACUUCCGUUUGGUACCAUGUUUUCCGGGGUGGGAAGAUUUUUUGGCUGAUUCCUCCAACGCUGCACAAUUUGGCGCUGUACGAGGAGUGGGUGCUGUCAGGCAAACAAAGUGACAUCUUUCUGGGAGACCGUGUGGAACGAUGCCAAAGAAUUGAGCUGAAGCAGGGCUACACAUUUUUCAUCCCUUCUGGUUGGAUCCAUGCCGUCUACACCCCUGUAGACUCUUUGGUGUUCGGCGGAAACAUCCUGCACAGUUUUAACGUGCCCAUGCAGCUGCGGAUCUACGAGAUCGAGGACAGGACGCGGGUGCAGCCCAAAUUCCGUUACCCCUUCUACUAUGAGAUGUGCUGGUAUGUCCUGGAGAGAUACGUGUACUGUGUGACCCAGCGCUCCCACCUCACUCAGGAAUACCAGAGGGAGUCGAUGCUUAUUGAUGCCCCGAGGAAGCCCAGCAUAGACGGCUUCUCUUCGGAUUCCUGGCUGGAGAUGGAGGAGGAGGCCUGUGAUCAGCAGCCUCAGGAGGAGGAGGAGAAGGACGAGGAGGGCGAGGGCAGGGACAGGGCACCCAAACCGCCCACCGAUGGCUCCACUUCACCUACCAGCACGCCCUCCGAGGACCAGGAGGCCCUUGGGAAGAAGCCCAAAGCACCUGCCUUGCGAUUCCUCAAAAGGACUUUGUCUAACGAGUCGGAGGAGAGUGUGAAGUCCACCACAUUGCCCGUAGACUACCCCAAGACCCCCACCGGCUCUCCUGCCACAGAGGUCUCUGCCAAAUGGACCCAUCUCACCGAGUUUGAACUGAAGGGCCUGAAAGCUCUGGUGGAGAAACUGGAAUCCCUCCCGGAGAACAAGAAGUGUGUCCCCGAGGGCAUCGAGGACCCCCAGGCACUCCUGGAGGGUGUGAAGAACGUCCUGAAGGAGCACGCGGAUGAUGACCCUAGUCUGGCUAUCACUGGGGUCCCUGUGGUGACUUGGCCAAAGAAGACUCCAAAGAACCGGGCUGUGGGUCGGCCCAAGGGGAAGCUGGGCCCGGCCUCCGCGGUGAAGUUGGCCGCCAACCGGACAACGGCAGGAGCUCGGCGGCGCCGGACGCGAUGCCGCAAGUGCGAGGCCUGCCUGCGGACCGAGUGCGGAGAGUGCCACUUCUGCAAGGACAUGAAGAAGUUCGGGGGCCCCGGGCGCAUGAAGCAGAGCUGCAUCAUGCGGCAGUGCAUCGCGCCAGUGCUGCCCCACACUGCCGUGUGCCUUGUGUGUGGCGAGGCGGGGAAGGAAGACACGGUGGAAGAGGAGGAAGGCAAGUUUAACCUCAUGCUCAUGGAGUGCUCCAUCUGCAACGAAAUCAUCCACCCUGGAUGCCUUAAGAUUAAGGAGUCAGAGGGUGUGGUCAACGACGAGCUUCCAAACUGCUGGGAGUGUCCGAAGUGUAACCACGCCGGCAAGACCGGGAAACAAAAGCGUGGCCCUGGCUUUAAGUACGCCUCCAACCUGCCCGGCUCCCUGCUCAAGGAGCAGAAGAUGAACCGGGACAACAAGGAAGGGCAGGAGCCUGCCAAGCGGAGGAGCGAGUGUGAGGAGGCGCCCCGGCGCAGGUCGGAUGAGCACCCCAAGAAGGUGCCGCCGGACGGCCUCCUGCGCAGAAAGUCUGAUGACGUGCACCUGAGGAAGAAGCGGAAAUACGAGAAGCCCCAGGAGCUGAGUGGACGCAAGCGGGCCUCAUCGCUUCAAACGUCCCCCGGUUCCUCCUCUCACCUCUCGCCGAGGCCCCCUCUAGGCAGCAGCCUCAGCCCCUGGUGGAGAUCCAGUCUCACUUACUUCCAGCAGCAGCUCAAACCUGGCAAAGAAGAUAAGCUUUUCAGGAAAAAGCGGCGGUCCUGGAAGAACGCCGAGGACCGCAUGGCGCUGGCCAACAAGCCCCUCAGGCGCUUCAAGCAGGAACCCGAGGACGAUCUGCCCGAAGCGCCCCCCAAGACCAGGGAGAGCGACCACUCCCGCUCCAGCUCCCCCACCGCGGGACCCAGCACCGAAGGGGCCGAGGGCCCGGAGGAGAAGAAGAAGGUGAAGAUGCGCCGGAAGCGGCGGCUUCCCAACAAGGAGCUGAGCAGGGAGCUGAGCAAGGAGCUCAACCACGAGAUCCAGAGGACGGAGAACAGCCUGGCCAACGAGAACCAGCAGCCCAUCAAGUCGGAGCCUGAGAGUGAGGGCGAGGAGCCCAAGCGGCCCCCAGGCAUCUGCGAGCGCCCCCACCGAUUCAGCAAGGGGCUCAACGGCACGCCCCGGGAGCUGCGGCACCAGCUGGGGCCCAGCCUGCGCAGCCCGCCCCGCGUCAUCUCCCGACCCCCACCCUCCGUGUCCCCGCCCAAGUGUAUGCAGAUGGAGCGCCAUGUGAUCCGGCCACCCCCCAUCAGCCCCCCGCCUGAUUCGCUACCCCUGGAUGAUGGGGCAGCCCACGUCAUGCACAGGGAGGUGUGGAUGGCCGUCUUCAGCUACCUCAGCCACCAAGACCUGUGUGUCUGCAUGCGGGUCUGCAGGACCUGGAACCGCUGGUGCUGCGAUAAGCGGUUGUGGACCCGCAUUGACCUGAACCACUGCAAGUCUAUCACACCCCUGAUGCUGAGCGGCAUCAUCCGGCGACAGCCCGUCUCCCUCGACCUCAGCUGGACCAAUAUCUCCAAGAAGCAGCUGAGCUGGCUCAUCAACCGGCUGCCUGGGCUCCGGGACUUGGUGCUGUCAGGCUGCUCAUGGAUCGCGGUCUCGGCCCUUUGCAGCUCCAGUUGUCCGCUGCUCCGGACCCUGGAUGUCCAGUGGGUGGAGGGACUAAAGGAUGCCCAGAUGCGGGAUCUCCUGUCCCCGCCCACGGACAACAGGCCAGGUCAGAUGGAUAAUCGGAGCAAGCUCCGGAACAUCGUGGAGCUGCGCCUGGCGGGCCUGGACAUCACAGAUGCCUCCCUGCGGCUCAUCAUCCGCCACAUGCCCCUGCUCUCCAAGCUCCACCUCAGUUACUGUAACCACGUCACCGACCAGUCCAUCAACCUGCUCACCGCUGUUGGCACCACCACCCGAGACUCCUUAACCGAGAUCAACCUGUCUGACUGCAAUAAGGUCACUGAUCAGUGCCUGUCCUUCUUCAAACGCUGUGGAAACAUCUGUCAUAUUGACCUGAGGUACUGCAAGCAAGUCACCAAGGAAGGCUGUGAGCAGUUCAUAGCCGAGAUGUCUGUGAGUGUCCAGUUUGGGCAAGUAGAAGAAAAACUCCUGCAAAAACUGAGUUAGUCCAAGGACAAGUAUGUAAAUACGGGGUGGGCUCUGGGAGGGGAGAGACUUUACAAAAAUGAGGGCUUUUAUUUUCCAUUUGGAACGUGGGACAACAGACCACAACGCAAUUCCAUUUUGCAAGUCUUUCCAAGGGAGAAGCUGUUCAACCACCCAUUUGGGGGAUGAGUGAGCCGACACUUUCUUGGUCUUUCUAAAUCGUAACUGCACUGCUUUCUGGACCAUUUCUAAGGCGGCCUUUACAAGAAGACAUUCCUGUCGGAGAGGAGGGUGGACUUCGGAGAAAUUCUCAUACUGAAGCGUGAGCUUAGGAGUUUCUGUUAGUGGGAGUGGUGUUUUGGACACUUCAUUCCUUGCAACACCGAGGUUUUGGGUGUUGACAUAAAGUGGACCACACACCACAUCUGCUGCCGUCUUGACACUUUUUUUUGGUUGGUUGGUUGGUUUUGUUACAUCUUACAUUAUGCAGAACUAUUUUUGUACAAAUUGUUUAAAAGUUAUUUAUGCAAGGUUUGAAUGCAUACCAGUGUUUUUAUUGUUUUGAGAUUGCCAAUUUUCCUGAUUUCCUUAAGGUAGGAGAGAAUUUAACGUGUACUUCAUCGACACAACCUAUCUACAAAUGUGCCCAGAUCUAACAAAGUAGGCUAAGACCUUCCACUUAAAAGCAUGUUUAACUGGAAGUUGAGAGUCUGCUUUGUACCUCAAGAGUUACAUGAGCAUGUUGUGGAUAGAUGUAAAUUAUAGUCGAAGUAAGAUACUCUGCCAAGUUUCCUCUGUAGAGAAUUCACUUUUCUCAAAUUUUAAAAUUUCAACUUCAGCCUUUGCACUCAGGAGGGUCUGCUCCAGCAUGAGCUCUUGUACUUACAUAGAUCUAAUUUAUACAGUGAGUCAAGACGUAGAAUAAGUGCUCCCACAUAGCCUUUCUUUUGCUUUUUUCUCUCCUCUGAAGUGUGAGUUGAGUUCUCAUUUAGGUUUGUAACAUGGCUAUUUCCUAGUUGUAAAGUUCUGCAUUUAUAAGUGCCAUUGUUGUAAGGUGGUGUUUCCUAGACCUUCCCUGAUGCGAUUUUACCUUUGUUGAAUUUGUAUAAACAAUUGUACAAAAAAAACCACUCUUGAACUUUGAGGGUUUUUGUUCUAGGAGUGGACUAGAAGUUUAAGCCCAGAGUCAGUAAACACUGUUUUGAGGUCCAAACAAUGUAAUUUCUGAUUCAUCUGAUGUACCCUGUGGUGCGUCACUCUUUUUUCUUCAGAAAGAAAGAAAGCUGUUUCUGGCUAGUAAAGGUAACGGGAAAGAGCUAUGCUCUGACAACGGCCACGUGUAGGAAUUAGACACAGACUUCUUUAAGGAGAAGAGUUGCUCAUCUGUCUGUGUGCCUCUUACCACACAGAAUUAAUUCCAUGGCUACUUGCCAUUACCGUUGCCUAAAAGUUUGCCAGAUUUGGGAGACAGUGGGAGCAAAUGCAGGAGGCUGCAUCCUGUACAGGUAGCCUUGGGCCAUGGUGGCUGUAGGAAACACUUGGUCAUGAGGUGGCUUCCCCAAGUAGCAGAUGCAGAAACCAGUGAGAAGUAAUUUUAGAUUACAGAAUUUUUUUUUAAAGACAGGACCCUGCUGGCAAUGUCAUAUUCACAUACAGAAACAGCUGCUCUAGUGAAUCUGAAGAUGGAGACAGUAACCAACCUCCUUCCUCAGUGAUUGAUAAGAGCAAUGUAAGAUGUUGCCCCUGUGGAAGAGGCCUUUCCUGCUGAUGGCUGAGUUUUCUAUUUGUCCCUUUUAUUUUUACUAUGGCAAAACAGUUUUAAUUAAAAUGAGACAAGGCCAGGUGGAGUGGAUCCAGCACUUUGGGAGGGAUCACCUGAGGUCAGGAGCUCAAGACCAACCUGACCAAUAUGGUGAAACCCCAUCUCUACUAAAAAUACAAAAAUUAGCCAGGAGUGGUGGUGCAUGCCUGUAGUCCCAGCUACUCAGGAGGCUGACAGGAGAAUCGCUUGAAACCAGGACGCAGAGGUUGCAGUGAGCUGAGAUUGCACCAUUAUACUCCAGCCUGGCGACAGCGAGACUCCAUUUAAAAAAAAAAAGAGAAAGCUCUCAUCUAGAUACAUGUCUCCUGUUAAUUUAAAUCCACAGACCCUUGUUGACUCAAUCUAAAGACACUUGAAGCCACUGUACCCCAGAAUUCAACUCAGGAAUCUACUUCACUCCAUGGUUUAUAAAAAUGUGACUUUCUUUUGUAAGCCUGAUUGUUUAAAAUGCAGUGUCCUCAUGAAUGGUAAUGCUUGUUUUCUUGACAGCCUGAGUUCUCCAAACCUCCAAACAUUAAUAAUAUAGCUACCCUGAUAUCCAGUAAAGUCAUCCUCUUCCUUAAGAA